AUGUUAGAAUCUAAUAAAUGGCGUUUCCUAACAAUUGUUGCCGGUUUGAUACUAACCAACGCAAUUGACAGUCCCGUGCGGACAGGCCAAUUACAUUCUCUUGCCGAUCACAGUCAGUUUAACCAAAGAACUGCCAGUGUCCAGUUAACUUCUGGGACCCAUAGAACAGCAAGGAACUUGUAUGCGCCCUUUAAUGUCUUCCCAAAAGUCGAUGAUAUAAGCUUCCCCCGGAGCCAUCGCCGAUCAGACGGAAGUCUUGUCAAGUCGUUCGGAGCUUACCGAAACGGAAGAAAUGCCCAAAGAAGGUCUGACGAUGGGUCUCAGACUGUCUUCCAACAAUCACCCGAGAAUCAGACUCGAACUGGAAGAAACUAUGUCUACAUUCCACUGCAACAAGGCGGAUCAAACGAAGGCUUGACAAAGCGGAAUAUCACAUUCGGACAAAUCCGACCGCCAAUCUUAGAUGACCAGGUUCCUGUCGAAGGCUACAACGGUGAGUUGUUUGUCAACGAUAGAACGGAAAGAAGUCCCCAAUCCGAAGAUAAGAUCGAUGUUGAUGACUUGUCAGGGCGUCGCAUAGGCUUCCAAUUCCCCAACAGCUAUAGCCUUAAUACAGACUUCCCAUUCCAUCCGCAGGGUUAUCGCGAAGAUAAUCCAAUUUUCACUGACACUGGAUCGUACGAACGUCCGUACAGUGAGGAAUCCCUUGAUGGCUCGAGCAGCGGUCAUUCUGUAGAAUUCCCGGGCCUGAGUGCAAACACUAAGCCCUACUCUGGGAAGUUGUACCGCGAUGAGGUCACAAAGUUUGGGGACGUUAAUGGUCCCAUAGCAGCUGCGCCGCGACCUCAGAGAGGUAUAUUCUUUGGUGAUGGUGAGCGAGAUCAUAGGACGGGUGGGCCCCGGCCUUUUGCUCCACCAAAGAUAUUUACCCCCGAUUACAAUGAGUUUGGUAGUGAUUAUGCGGGAUCGAGGAAGUCCCGUUAUUAUCCCUUCAAGUCGUCACGAUCUCCCCGAGUGGUAUUCCCUGCGAAUGACAAUCUGGGAACGACGAGUGCAUCGAGUGGCAGUGGAGCGUACUUUAGUGACAAUGUGGCUUUUAGAGAUCAGAACUUUGGUUUGAAUGAAUUGUCGGCUAUUCAAGAGGUGCGCAAUGAAUUUGGGCUCCAAGAAAUUGAUGGAGUUAGUGUGGACAGCGAAAAUACUGGAGCACAAUCGGCAAGCACUUUUAAGGAGAAAGUUGAUACAAAUACUGAAUUAGAAUGUCAAGGCCGUGGGGGUACUUGUGAAUUCUUUUUGGGUUGUUGGAUGACAGGUGGCUUAUUGCAAGGCACCUGCGAUGGAUUAUUACGUGGAUGCUGUCAUCGGACAGCUAAAUCGACAAAUUUGAAAACCUCCGAUUAUGUUAGUCAAACAAUUGAUUUGACAAAUCUUCCAAACAAAAACUAUGGACCAGUUUUGAAUGAUCCCAGUUGUGGUAUAUCACUAGCUAAACAAGCAGCCCAACGCCGCAUUGUGGGCGGUGAUGAUGCUGGAUUUGGAUCUUUUCCAUGGCAAGCAUACAUACGGAUCGGAUCUUCAAGAUGCGGCGGUUCGUUGGUAUCACGAAGACAUGUCGUCACUGCUGGACACUGCGUGGCUCGUGCCACACCACGUCAAGUGCAUGUAACUCUGGGCGAUUACGUGAUCAAUUCAGCGGUUGAGCCGUUGCCAGCUUACACAUUCGGAGUGCGGCGAAUCGAUGUUCAUCCGUACUUUAAAUUUACGCCGCAAGCGGAUCGCUUCGAUGUUUCCGUAUUGACACUGGAAAGACCGGUCCACUUCAUGCCGCAUAUUGCUCCAAUAUGCUUGCCAGAGAAAAAUGAAGACUUUUUGGGAAAAUUUGGCUGGGCUGCUGGCUGGGGUGCCCUCAAUCCUGGAUCGAGGCUUAGGCCGAAGACAUUGCAAGCUGUUGAUGUUCCAGUUAUUGAGAAUAGAAUCUGCGAGAGGUGGCAUCGCCAGAAUGGAAUAAAUGUGGUCAUUUAUCCGGAGAUGCUGUGCGCCGGAUACCGCAAUGGUGGCAAGGAUUCUUGUCAAGGGGAUUCCGGUGGACCAUUGAUGCAUGAGAAGAAUGGUCGAUGGUAUCUUAUUGGUGUUGUAUCAGCAGGAUAUUCGUGUGCAUCACGUGGCCAGCCAGGUAUCUAUCACCGGGUGCCGUUUACAGUCGAUUGGAUUUCGUAUGUCGUUGGCCUGACAACACAGCUCUAGAAAAAGGGCCUUUUG